GUGAUUUCCACUUCUCACAGUGCUUCGGGGUGAGUGAGCCGCAAGAAGCGAGAUUGCUCCUCGUUCAGUUUCAUUUUGAUGAGCCGCAGAGCAGCAAAAGACUCCUGGCCUGUGCCAAGUACUGUGUCACAGAUGAGCGAAGGAGGUCGGCCAGCCCCCAUCUGUUGCAUGUUGUGCUGAUCACUAAAGUCCCGCGGGUCCUGGGAAGGUGCAGCUACCUGGCUUUUGACAGCAGCGAGUGGAAAUCCAUCCACUUGGAUGACCUAAUGCCCCCAGAGAACUUUAAGGCCAAUCUCGGCCAGCUCUCCGAAAUGACCAUUGCCGAGAUUUUCACGAGCAGCUCCCUGCAGCACCUCACCAUAAACCCACCGUCUCCCCACUGCUGUCCCUUCCAGAAACCCACUGUCCCAGCUUCCAUGUCCCACCUGUGGAUGGGAAUGCAUCUGGAUCAAGCAGGUCCCAAGCUGUGGGUCCCAGGGGCACUUGCUGCUUUUGAGGUCUUCAUAGCAAUGCAGCCUUUGCCUCCUGACAGAAAAACUGUGAUGGCGGAGCAAGCAGUUAAUGAUGGAAAGAUGGUUGGGCAAACGGGGAAGAAAUGGUCCGACCAAUCAUUGCAAGCCAGCUCUGGGUGA